AUGGCGCAACAAGGCGAAGCAGCGGGUUACUACGCUGGCGGCGCACCACAACAACCCCAGGAUGCGUACUACCAGGGCCAAAAGAACUAUGGACAGCAACCCCCGCAGCAAUAUGGACAGCCGCCUCCACAGUACGGCCAGAAUUACGGCGCUCCGCAAGGCCCUCCUCCAGCGCAGCAGCAUAAUGGAUACGAGCAGCAGGGUUACGGUGACAACAAACAGAGCUUCGAGCAGACGUUCAAAGUCGACAAGCCAAAGUUCAACGACUGGUGGGCGGGAGCGCUGCUCAUCGCCGUCUUCUUAGGAUAUGUUGCCGUGAGUGCCAUAUCCAUCAGAGGGUACUCGCAAAACCACACCGGCGGCAUCUAUGGCAAUGCAAACGAUUUCGCGCUGAACUCGAACACGGUCAUACUCUUUGCGUUUGUGCUCGGUAUGGCUGCAGUGCUGAGCUAUGCGUACAUGUGGGCUGCAAGGGCGUUUACGAAACAAUUUAUAUGGAUUACAGGCAUACUUAACAUAUUAUUUGGGUUCGCCACGGCGCUUUAUAUGCUCUCGAGGAAAUACUGGUCCGGUGGUAUUGUGUUCCUGCUGUUCAGCAUAUUCGCCGUCUUUUGUUUCAUUUCGUGGAUUCCCCGUAUUCCGUUCAGCGUCCUCAUGCUGCAGACGUCCAUUGACGUUUCGAAGAAGUAUGGCCAUACCUACGUCGUGUCGUUGAUUGGUGGACUUUUGGCAGCAGCGCUGGGCGCGUGGUACUCGGUCACCCUGGUUGCCAUUUACGUCCAGUACACGCCGAACCGAAAUAAUCCGGCUUGCAGCAACGGUGGUGGAGGCUGCAGUAACGGCAAGGUCAUCGGACUCUUGGUGUUUGUGACGUUUGCCAUGUACUGGAUAUCUGAAUGGUUAAAAAACACAAUCCAUGUGACGAUAUCCGGCGUCUACGGCUCCUGGUACUUUGCUCCCAACGCAAUGCCUAAGGGAGCAACGCGUGGCGCUUUCAAACGCGCCGUUACAUAUAGUUUUGGCAGUAUCAGCUUGGGUAGCUUGCUCGUCGCUAUCAUCCAGCUCCUGCGACAGGUCUGCUCGGCUGCUCAGCGCAACGCGGCGGGUGAUGGGAACAUUGUUGGCUCCAUCCUCUUCUGUGUUCUUGGAUGUCUGAUUGGCCUUUUGGAUUGGGCGGUACAGUUUCUGAAUCGUUACGCAUUCAGCUACAUCGCGCUUUAUGGGAAGAGCUACAUUGCUGCUGCGAAGGCAACUUGGAAAAUGAUCAAAGAUCGAGGUAUCGACGCACUCGUCAAUGAGUGUCUCAUUGGCCCGGUGCUUUCGAUGGGCUCCACGUUCAUUGCCUAUGCCUGCGCACUGCUCGCCUACCUCUACCUCAUCUUCACGUCGCCGGCGUACAAUUCGGACGGGGGUUACACGCCUGUCGUUGUGGCCUUUGCGUUUCUGAUUGGGCUGCAAAUCUGCAACAUCUUCACGACACCCUUGAGCAGUGGCCUGGACACGAUCUUCGUGGCCAUGGCAUGGGACCCAGAAGUGCUGAUGCGUGAGCAUCCAGAUCUCUACACUCGCAUGAUCGCCGUCUAUCCACAUGUGCAGCAGGCGAUCCACGCCUAA